AUGUAUAUGUUUUCAGGAUUAACACUUACUGGAAAUAUGAGCUAUGGCCUGUAUGAGAGGACAGCAUCUUUACUUACCAGUGGAAAAGUUUUAAUCGCAGGCGGAUCCAAUGGCAGUCCACUAAAAACUGCUGAACUGUACGAUCCAUCAACAGGAACAUGGGCAUUGACUGGAAGUAUGGUUUAUAAUCGAUAUUAUCAUAAAGCAUGUUUAUUAGCCAAUGGGAAAGUUUUAGUGCCAGGUGGAUGGAAUGGCGUUCAUAUAUUUACUACUGAAUUAUAUGAUCCAUCAACAGGAACGUGGUCAUUCACUGGAAAUUUGACUUACGGCCGGUACUAUAAUACAGCAUCUUUGUUACCAAACGGAAAAGUUUUAGUUGCAGGUGGAUCUAAUGGCGGUGCACUAAAUGCUGCUGAAUUAUAUGAUCCAUCGACGGGAACAUGGACACUGACUGGAAAUAUGAUUUCUUCUCGGUACUUUCACACAGCAACUGUGCUUCAAACUGGCAAAGUGCUAGUGGCAGGUGGAUCCAAUGGUGGUUAUUUAAAUACUGCUGAACUAUACGAUCCAUCAACAGGGUUAUGGACACUUACUGGAAGUAUGAGCUACAGCCGAUAUGAGCACAUAGCAUCCUUGUUAGCCAACGGAAAAGUUUUAGUCGCAGGCGGAUUUAAUGGCGCCUCAUUGCCUACUGCUGAAUUAUAUGACCCAUCAAUAGGAACAUGGACACUAACCGGAAGCAUGAGCUAUUCACGCUUUUUUCACACGGCAUCUGUAUUAGCCAAUGGAAAAGUGUUUGUUGCAGGUGGAUCUAAUGGCGUCGAUUUAAAUACAGCUGAACUGUAUGAUCCAUCGACAGGAUCAUGGACACUCACUAGCAAUAUGAGUCAUACUCGAUCUUAUCUUGCAUCAUCUUUAUUAACUGACGGAAGGGUGUUGAUUGCAUGUGGAAAUCUUGGAAGUAGCUCUUCAGAGUUGUACCAACCAUAG